CCUUAUAUCUGGCUGCGGAGUUAAUGAGUAAUAUUCCGGUAUUAGCUGACCCGGAGUCAGGACCCUGAGCGCAGGCCUGUGAGAACCGGAACCGCACCAUGUCGGUGACAUUUGAGAUUACGAAUCUGGAUAUGAAGGCGGGGCAGACCCUGAAGCUCAAGGGCAAGAUUGAAGAGAACAUUAAUGACUUUGCGAUUAACCUGGGUCGGGGAACAGGUGACCUGAGCCUGCACUUCAACCCACGGUUCAACGAAUCCGUCAUUGUCUGCAACUCAAAGAGUGGUGGCAACUGGGGACAAGAGCAGCGAGAUGGUCACAUGUCCUUCAGCAAGGGGUCAGAGGUCAAGCUCACUGUGGCCUUUCAGAGCGACGAAUUCAAGGUGACACUGCCAGAUGGGCACCAGCUGACCUUUCCCAACAGGCCGGGCCACUCCUACCUGAGCUACCUGAAUGUGCGAGGCAUCCGCAUGUCCUCCUUCAAGUUGGAUUGAACAGCAAGGACCUGCUUGAGUGCAAGUCCCCAGCCUAGACUUCCUGUUCUGGGUAACCCAGGACCUGCUCCCAGCUCUCCACCCGUACUUCCUGCUCCUUUAGUCCCAUUUCCCUUUGCAAAGUAAAAAG